AUGUCGAAGUGUCGUUCAAGCUAUGCCUCACCAUCUCAAUCAUCUCAAUCCCCGUAUUCGCUAUGUCGAGGCCAACAAAUCUCAGAUUCUGUAACUCCUUCCGACAUCUCAGAUGAUACAUCUGACUCCUCGGAAGUGUAUAAUAUGUACAUACGCCGCUACCCAAAUGAACCAUUUGACGCUUACAUGGACUCAAUGCCGGAGACUUCAGAGGAAGCAUCUUACCUGCUCGAGAUGGCACGAGCUGAUCUCGAAGUUCGACGUCUCGAGAAGGACCUUGCUGAGCGGCUUCUUCAUCAAUUUCGCAUGCGCAAACACCACCUACAACUUCGAGCGAAGAGGGCAAAGAGAAAUUUUGGAGAUGCGGAAGCUAAUGUAGGGCACACACGCGCUCUCGUGGUGAGGUGCGGGUUUGUCUGCUCAGAGCGGUCACUUUGGUCUCCUCGUCCAAAAUCCACCAUCAAGUCAUAUACCGAAGCGAUUGGCAGCCCGUCUGGCUCUUAUCAAGCCUACACAUCCUCAAUGGCACCACGCUCCGCAUGGCACACGCCGACCUCACAUCAACCUAUCAUUCAAGCACCGAGUCUCCCUAGCGUUGACGACGAGUCUGAGUCCGAGUUCGAGUAUGAAUGUCCUUCCCCACUUCCCAUGUAUUCUAACUUGAAGAGAAACCAUGAUGCGGUUGAUGACAGCAUAUAG